AUGGCCGAAAGUCUUGCAUCCGAAUGUACACCGCUGAAGAUAAAAUACGAUUCUUGCUUCAAUGCAUGGUUUGAAGGAUAUCUUGUACCUGCCGUAUCAGCUUCCUCUUCUCCAGAAAAAUACUCCGAGUAUUCACAACGCAAGGCGGACGAGUUUCAGGAAAAGUGCGGGAAGCUUUGGGAGGAAUAUAGGACUUGUGUGCAGAAAUCAUUAAAGGAGAAGGGUUUGGACACAAUGCUUCAGCAGUCAAGAGAAGAGAAUCCGCUGUCUCGGCCCCCACCUCUGCCU